AUGUCUUUGCUCGAAUCACAACGGUCUAUUCUAGAAGAAAUAGAUGUUCUAGAACAAGCUAUUUCUGAGAGACUUCAAAGAAAUCCUCUGUUGUUGCCAUCAUCUCAGAAACCAACUGAUGUGACAAUGUUAUCAUCUAAGAAGAGGCCUAUGAAGGAAGAGUUAUUGCAGCAACAUGAGUUAAAUUUCUUGAAAAAUAAGUAUAAGAGACACUGUCUAACUAUUUUAGAAAAUAAAAGUAAUAAAAGGAAACACUUUGAAGAGGAAUCAAAUAAGUUGAAAGACCCAUCAUAUGAAUUUAAACUAUUUGAUUCUAUGUUGAGCGACAUAAAGCAGCAUCAUGAAAUCCAAACCGAGAGAACCCAAGAUGAAGAUAUAUCCAAGAUCUACAAAAUGUACUCUAGUGCACCAAAGGCAGAGGAGAAGCUUAAUAAGAAUGACAAAUUAAAGGUCAAAAGGAAGUAUAUUCUUAGCUCAGUUGCAUCACAUAUUGACUUCGAUGAGAUGUUCACUCCUGAUGAAUUAUACGGAAAAUAUCUAGAUUUAUUUCCAUUCUAUGAAACGUAUAAAUCAAUAAUAGACCAUAACAUUACGUAUGUUGAGUAUUUAUACAUUUAUGAUGAAGUUCCGUAUGAAACAACGAAGAAUAACAACGCUGCGUAUUCCAAAUAUAUUAAAGAUCUUGCAGAAUAUUUAUUGAAAUUCAUAGAGAAGGUUCAACCGUUGUCGAGUAUUACUGACCUUCAAGCAGAUAUGGCGAAACAAUUUUCAGCUUCAUUUAAAGCACAUACGGAUGGAAAACCAAACGAUAAAGGUGAAGUCUAUUGUGACGCAUGCAAAAAAUUGUUUGCAAAGGAAUCGGUAUAUAGGGGACACUUGAAUGGUAAAAAGCAUCAAAAAAACGUCAAGAACCAGAAUAAUUUUGCAUCUGACACUCCAAAUUCAAACAGAGUUAGAGAUUUGGAAUUCUGCGAGUUCAGAGUAAGAUAUUUAGGGCAGAAACUUAAUGAAUAUAGAACUCCAACCAUAUCAAAUGCAGAGAGAAAAGCAGCGUUGACAGAUAGAGAACGGACGGCAGAAGCUAUUUCAAUUGUUGGCGAUGAAUCGGACUACACAACAAUAAACUCAACCUCUGGUAACGAAUCCGAUUCGAAUGAAUCCAGUGAUAACGAUGAAUAUAAUAUGAAAGAUUUACCAGUCGGAGUUGAUGGGAAACCAAUACCCUAUUGGCUAUACAAACUUCAAGGAUACCACAAGACGUAUGAAUGCGAAAUUUGUGGCAACAUAACGUACAAGGGUAGGGCUGUGUUUGCUAAGCAUUUCAAUAGUGCCAAACACCAACAAGGUUUAGGUUGCUUAGGUAUUAGUGAUGAUUAUAUGCCAUUAUUUAAAAGUAUAGUUAAGAUUGAUGAGGCAAUAGACUUAUGGCGUAGAUUAAAAAAGGACAGAAGGAUUAAGGAAGGAGAUACUGAAAAUGCUAUCGAAGUCGAAGAUGAAGAAGGGAAUGUCUUGUCCGAAAAGGACUACUUAGAAUUGAAGAAACAAGGCCUAUUGUAA